CCUGUUCGGAGAUGUGGUGUGGAAGCGGAGGUUGGGUUGAUCACCCAGCUACGACGGAGAGCGACAAUUUCUUAGUUCUAAAUAUGCGUCCAACGAUUUCACAAGAUAAGAAUGGACUAAACGGGUUUCCACGAGCGCGAGUAACCCAGAGUUGGCCGUCAGACCACGGCUGUUCAUCUUGCUACAAUACCCCACGAUCAAUAUAUUCAAUCAAGUCCAAUCCAAGCCACGCACAAAAGAAGGCCACACUACUGACGCCGGUUGCAUCUGGACAAGGAAUUCCCCUCGAGAGCAAAAAAGCCCUGUCCUGGGCAGGCCUCGGAGACCGUUAUUCGAUCGAUGUGGAGAACAUUGUGCAACCAAGGGUUUCCCAUGUUCAGCUUGUUUUUUGGGUUGUUUUCCUUUUGCUGCAACGGCUAUCUGAGGUUUUUUUUAACCCCCCCUCCCCCCGUUGACAGGCUAGCGGACGGACACAAGCAGAUUUGUUAUUCCCUCGGCCCGCUGCUAGCCUACAUUGAGCGACGGCCAUCCCCCACUGGGACUGGCCCUAGCGCGCGAGACGGGCAACAAACGAUGGGCGUCUAUGCACAUGUACUGUUUGGGACUUGUCGGGCUGCUAUUUGAAUCCACGGAUGCCUUUCUUCUUUGGGGCGGGAAAGGAACAUCGGGGGAACAUGACCUACUGCUUACGGAAACAUUGGCUGGUGGAGGGAGAAGCGGCGCAGCGUUGCGUUUGCCAAGAGGUGAACGCAAUCUCGUGUAUGCAAAUCGCUUCAGGGUAUUUGGAUUCCGACCUUUUGUAGUAUGCGAUUC